CGUUUUGGAACGGCGGGCGGAGGCAAAGGUAAAGGCGCGCCAGCACCUGUGCCGUGGAGCGAACAACGCAAGCAGAUGCAGAAGCAGAUGGGGAAUCUCACGGCCGAGCUCAAGCGCGUCGAGGCUGCCGAGGGCCCCGCGGCGCCUGAGACGGCAGACGAGAAGCCGAAGGACUCCGCGGACUCUGAUAAGACCAAUGCGACCCCCCAGAAGCUUGAGCGCUGCAAGGGUCAACGAACGAAGUUCGAACAAGGGCUGGCCGCGCCCAGCGAGGAGCUCGAGGCCAUGCAGAAUGACAUUCGCGGGAAGCAGACGGCCAUUGAGGCGAAGGCCAAAGAGAAUGAG